UUUUCAGCAAACGUAAAUAUCAUUUAUACGGUUAUUUUGUUUUUACCAUUCUGCUCCAUAACAAUUCUGCUCCAUAGAAACCACAGCAAACGUAUUCUUCUUCAUUCUUUGUUAUUCUGCAACGCUUCAAGAAUUAAAUAUCAGAAAAUGGAAAUAGGAAAUAAGGUUUACCUAAAUAACAUUGACCAGAUAGAUGAAAAAUCGCAUAUCAAGGUUCGGGUGCUUAAAAUUUGGAACUUUGUCAGAAAUAAUAAAGUUUGUUCCAUUGAAAUGAUCAUCAUGGAUGAGGAGGGUACACAAUACCAAGCUCGUGUCUUCAAUCAGAAUUUCUCCAGAUUUUGUCAUCUUUUAAAGGAAGAUGAAAGUUAUAUAGUUAUAAAACCCAAUAUGGCUGCUGUUACUAAUGGUUUUAGUUAUACAAGUCAUAAACAGACCUUAACUUUGGAUUGGAAAAGCAUCCUAAAAAAAUGUGAUGAUUUCUCGGGUCCGGUCAAUGGAUUUAUGUUUGUUGACUUUAAUUCUAUCAUAGAACAAACAUGCCCAAAAGACACAUUCUUUGAUGUUAUUGGACAUAUCGUGUCAUUUAGGCUUCUUGAAACUUCAAAUCCAGUACCAUCCAAGCAUUAUAUAAAAGUCACUCUUAGCAACCUAGAUUCUGUACAUCUGAAGGUUACUAUUUUUGGAAGUCAAGCAUAUCAAAUUUCAGAAUACCUAAAAAAUAACCCGACUGUUAAUUUUGUUGUUAUCGUGAUGCAGUUUUUGAAGCUAAACAUUUGGAAUGGUCUUGGUGAAGCUAAAAGUCAUUUUGAAGUAACGAAAUUGUUCAUAAAUUCUGACAUUUAUGAAAUAAAUGAGUUUAAAAAUAAGUUGAAAUGUCAUGACAAUUUUAGUAUAACUGAAAAAAGCAUUACACUUCAAAGCUACUCUUCUUCAUAUACAGAUGACUUUAAGGGCAAUUUUCCAUUAAAAGCAAUCUAUGAGAUCACCGAACCAAUUAAGGAAAUGAAGUUUUUAUUAGUUGCUUCCAUUGUUAAUAUAAGGCAGAAUCUACCAUGGUAUAUAAUUCCAAUUAACGUACAAGAUUGUACUGGAACCAUUGGAUUGACUCUUUUUGAUAGGGAAGCAAGGAGGUUGUUAAAUAUAAGUGCCUACGAGUUGAAAAAGAUACAUGAUGCGGCCGGAGACAGUGAUGCCCUAUUUCCAAUGCAACUUAACGUGUUGAAAAACCGCAAGUUUGGUUUUGUUGUAGAUAUUACAGAAUACAAUGUCAACAACUAUAAUAACAUCUACACAGUUCUCAGAGUUACAGAAGAUAUGUCCAUUGUUUGUGAAUUGGAAAGUAAAAUAGAACUUAUGAGUAUUCAAUCUGUCUCCUUAAAUCAAGUUGCUUUGGAAUCCGAUGAUGUUGUACAGCCUGUUCAAAAGGAUGUGAUCUCACAAACAGACGAAAGUUUUACACCCUCAACAGUUGAUAAGUCAACCGCAACAAGUCCUUGCAAAAUAUCAGGUGAUUUGAAGCGCAACCUCCAAGAAAUUUAUGAUGUUGAUUCUGGAUAUGAUUUAAGUUCAACUAAGGCUAAAAGAAAGUCAACCGCAGAGGAAACUCCACUCUUGAUUCCAAAAAUUGAAAAGUGA